UGAUGACCUCUGUGCCACAGUUCUGAAAUUAAUCCUUUUUAAACAUAUAAUUCAGUGGAUGAAUAUUGUCUGGUAAACACACUGUACACUAAAAAUGUCCAAAUUAAACUGUGACAGUAAAUAAUCAGAAGCACAGGAAUUCCAGCACUGUAGGGAAUUCAGGAACAGAGUGCAGUUGAGGGUUCUGACCGCAUGGGGGCGGUACUAUCCAAGGCUAUCCUCAGCAAGAACAGCCUCUCAUGCCGACGUCUGGGAUAAUCUUGCAAUAAUUGGGCCCAGAUUAAAGAAUGAUGAAGAGUCUUUGGACGCAGUUGGGGGUCCCGUUCUCACCUCAAGCAGCAUAAAUCUUAAAAGUCUGAGAAGUGGGACGAAGACAGAUGAUUGCUCCUCACACUCAUCAUUCAAACCCUCCGCCUGGACUGUUGGCUGAAAUGAAAGAUGAUUGAAGGGGGAAUUGGGGGGAAAUUAAAACUCCAGCUGCCUCACCUUGAUCCGUGGAGGUGAAUAAUAACUGGAGCCAUGCAUGCAUUUCACACCGACAGAACAUUUCUCCAUUCUGCGUAAUUACGCACGGCCAUCCAUGGGCACAGUUUGUCCUUUUUUUUUUUUUUUUUUUUUUGCUUGAAUGCACUCCAGAAAGGGGCCCAGGAGAUUUUGCUCCGUGUGUACCGUUGGUGUAGAUGUUCCGAUAGGAGCUGAUCGGCAGCCUAUAGGCGACCCAACAUGUGUUUUGACGUCACACGCCAACUUUUCAGAUAUAUAUUGGCUAUGCGCGCAGGACGGUUUGGAAGUUUCUGUCAUUCUGCACACAAGGCUGAAAAGUGAGAGCCGUAGCCAGGUACAGGACACAGACAGGAGGAAAUUAAAUGGCAUUUUAUGGGUCAGGUAUUUUGGGAAUAUGCCUGCGGCGCGCCACGUGCGUAAUGACGAGUCUGCCUCUAAAUAGAAAAAUUAAGGCGUCGAGGUUUUUUGAAGAGAAAGAGAGCAUGUCAGCGUAGUUUAUCCUGAGGGGGGCUGUGGAACAGGGAUUACUCACUUCUCACACCAACACCGGCACAUCUGUGCGCGUCUAUGUCACCACCGGACGGGUCUCCAAGUCCAUGGAUAAAAAGGAACAGGCGGCAGCAGAAUGGUUGUUGUGGGAGCGAGUAACGGAACUUUCGGCGGUGGCAACAUGAGGUCGUCGUUCAUGGUAGAGGAUCGAGUCGGUGGUGGGGAUCCCGGGGGCUCCACCAACAUGAUGAUCUCGGAGGCUCUUGCGCCCCGGCUGCUGAAGAUUGCGCAGGGCGCCGCAGAGGCUGCGGCAGCAGCGGCAACAGCCACUUCUCCGUCCACCUCCAGUCAGCCGCAGGUCAUGGAGACGAACGGGACCCGGUGCGGCGAGCAGAUCCUGAGCUACGGCCGGGUGGAGAAGGUCCUGAUCGGCGGGGUCCUCACCAUGCUCACGCUGUCCACCAUCUGCGGGAACUUACUGGUGGUCAUCUCCGUGUGCUUCGUCAAGAAGCUGCGCCAACCGUCCAACUACCUGAUCGUGUCUCUAGCAGUGGCGGACCUGUCGGUGGCUCUGGCCGUGAUGCCGUUCGUCUCCAUCACGGACCUGAUCGGGGGUCAGUGGAUAUUCGGACAGUUCUUCUGUAACGUUUUUAUCGCCAUGGAUGUGAUGUGCUGCACCGCGUCCAUUAUGACUCUGUGCGUAAUAAGCAUUGACAGGUAUUUGGGCAUCACCAAACCCCUGACGUAUCCGGUCCGUCAGAACGGCUGCUGCAUGGCCAAGAUGAUCCUGUCAGUGUGGCUGCUCUCCGCCUCCAUCACCCUCCCUCCUCUGUUCGGCUGGGCGCAGAACGUCAACGACGGCCGGGUCUGCCUCAUCAGCCAGGACUUCGGCUACACCGUGUACUCGACGGCCGUGGCCUUCUACAUCCCCAUGUCGGUGAUGCUCAUCAUGUACUACAGGAUCUACCGGGCGGCCAAACUCAGCGCCGCCAAGCACACCAUCACCGGCUUCCCCAGAGAACGGGAGCACCGAGCAGGGGCGGCUCCGCGAGGGGGCCGAGGGGUGCCGGACGCCCAGCAGCCGGUGGAGUCUGGGGAGACGGGCAGCGUGGAGGGGACGGAGGUGGAGCAGGAGGCCGAGGAGGAAGAGGAGGAGAGUUUGGACUGCGUGGCUGCGGCGCUGAAGCUCCAGCGGGAGGUGGAGGAGGAGUGCAGCACCCGAGUGUCUCGCCUCCUCAAGACCGGCGAGCAUCACCAGCGCCGGAAGAGGAAAAACCAGUCCAUCUUCAAGCGGGAACAGAAGGCCGCCGCCACGCUGGGCAUCGUCGUCGGCGCCUUCAGCUUCUGCUGGCUGCCGUUCUUCCUGGUGUCCACUGCCAGGCCGUUCGUCUGCGGCGUGGAGUGCAGCUGCGUGCCGCUGUGGCUGGAGAGGACGCUGUUGUGGCUCGGCUAUGCCAACUCCCUCAUCAACCCCUUCAUUUAUGCGUUUUUCAACCGCGAUCUGAGGACCACCUACAGUAACCUCCUGCGGUGCCGCUACAGGAACAUCAAUCGGAAGCUGUCGGCGGCUGGCAUGCAUGAGGCUCUGAAACUGGUGGAGAAGCCAGACGCUGAUGUGUAGAGCUGCAGGUUCUGCCAAUCGACCAACAGGGGGGAGGAAGACUGUGGCACACGGCCAUCAUGUUGCCGGAUUGGUUAUUUCCCCAAACUUGUAUGAAGAAGAAGCCAGAAGAGACGGAAUGCUGUGAUUAGAUGGAUCCACACGAAGGCGCAGAUGAGGUUUUAUUUUGGGGGAUUGAAAAAAGAAGAAAAAGAGGAAAACUUUAGCUGUGUGUGCCGCAGAUUGAUCAAGAACAUCUGAAUGAUUCUUCAGCGUGUCGUAAAGUCCAACAAUUGUAACCAUGGUCGCUGUCUUGGUGCAUUCAGAACUCUAUGUUGCUGCAAAAGCUACCAGAGCUCCCUGACUUUGUUCUGGGCUGCUGCCGUGGGUGGAAAUAACUCUUUUAAUCCCAGUUUGAGCCAAGGAAAACUUGCCCUCACAAACAAACCUGGAGGAGCUUAAGCGGCCCACGAGGCUAAAACACCAAAUGUAUUCACCUUGGGUCCUUGGUCAUCACAGCGACACUGUUUUUCACUGCUUCUAAAUGUGGACAACAACAAGUGGACAAAUUAGGAUUAAAACUCCACUGACAUGUAAAAAAACUGUACACAAGUCUGUUUCUGGAACAAACUGUUCCAAUGUGUUGGACCUGGUAUCAGUUUCUGAUUUAACAACAUCCCUUCCCCUCCGCUCAAGUCACAGCCGCCCCUUUUGUUGAGAACCAGUUUACAGGACGAUCAUUUUGGUGAUGAACAAAGAAGCAUUUUUAGAAUCUAUGAUUGUGUAGGAGUCAACAAGCUGGAGAUAAAGACCUGAAAAGAUCAUUUAGGACACUUCCUGAAUGUGUCUGUGCCUUUUCCUGCGUCACCGAUUAGGGCCAAGAGUCUCCUUUCAAACUAUGCACGACGUGUUUUAGGUUUGACAAAAGGCGGGAAAGAGCUACGGAGGAUUUUAAACUACUUCCUGGCAAUCUUUCUUAUUUCCAGUGACACAACAUGCAUUGUUGCCAGAUCAACAGCCCCAAACUUAAAAUAUAAAGCAUUAACACUGAUAUAAAACAGAAUAAAGCUGCUAAUGUUGGCAUUAGAGAAGCUGGAAGCUGCUAAUGCACUAAAAACUUGGUUUAGGCAUUAAACAAUCCCAUUAAAGCACAGCAUUCUCAGUUGUUUUUUGUUAGAUGUUUAAUGUGACAGUCUGGGUUGACUGGAUUUCAAUGAUUGAUUAGAUUUCUGUCCCUUUUGACUCUUUUGACUCAAAUGAUAAACAAAAAUCUCCCUUGAACUGCUUAGCAAAAAAAAUGUAAAUUUUAUUUUUAUUUUUAUAUAUAUAUAUAUAUAUAUAUAUAUAAAUAAAUAAAUUUUGUCAAUCAGCACACAUUGUGUAUUUGUUGCUUGAUCAACAGCCCCCAAACCCAAAAAUAAUGAAUUAACACAGAUAUAAAACAGAAUAAAGCUGCUAAUUUUGGAAUUAGAGAAGCUGGUGAACCUACAAACUUGGUUUCCAAUCUUCAAUAUUCUUUCUACUGCCUUAAAUAAUCAUGACAAAAUUGCUCUUUAUUAUUUAUUUAAUGCUUAAAUCUAAAAAAUUUACAUUAAUCUGCCUCAUCAGGACACUGGGUUGAUUAGAUUUCUGUAACUUUUGACUCCAAUGAUGCACAAAAAUCUCCCCUUUUCCAAAGCAAAUAAACUGAAAAGAGUCACAAAAAAAUAUUCAUCAAUCAACCCUCUAUUGAUCAAUUAUUCACUAAAGUAUUUAAGUUAAUUAUUUGACUUCCAGUGUGUUGUUGAAAGGAUAUUGUUCACCUCUUCACCCGCUGCUGCUAUUAUUGCGUUUUACGUGACAGCAGACGCUCAUUACAGCGGUGGAGGAUCUAACGUGGACGUCUCUGGGGAAGUUAAUGUAGGCUGAGGCCCAGACAAGGAAUCUGAUUUGGAUUUGAGAGAGCAGAUUUCACUGCUGCACCUCCCUCAGAGGCCAGGAGAUCACUGUAAAGCACAGGUUUAAGCUCUGGUGGAAUCAACCGGAGCAGGUUACUGUAUAUGCACGUUAAAAAUUCAAUCCAUUUAAUGUAAUGUCCUCUCCCCUGUGUAUGACAACAGGAAUAAGCUCUUGCAGUAGCCUGGAAAUGACGGCCUGGUCCUAUUUCUGGCAGCAUUAUUUCCUAACAUUGUGUUUUUCACCAUGUACAGAUGAAGCAUCAAUUCUUGCUACCUAUAGGACGGCAGUUGUAUUUCUGUAACUCUUCAAAGAGAUGCACUUUUUACCACCAUGCCAGUGAAAAUUUGUCCUCAUUAACUUGAAUUUGUGCAAGUUAGAAGGAGCAGUAAAAUCAAGGAAAUGUGAACGCCGAAUUCUCUUUUUAAUCACUAAUUAAAGCUGGUCUGUGUGAAACUUUUGUUUUAUUUUUAGACAAAUACUAAAACACACCAAGCUUCUGAGCCUUAAUCAGCAAGUCAGACAACAGCAGAAGGGAUGUAGAUCAGGAGGAGUCAAAGUCAUCUUAGUUCAAAUUCGACCCAAUUUCAUCUAAAGUGACCAGUAAAAUCGCAGCAUAAUAACCUAUAAAUAACCACAGCUCCAGUUUUUUCCUUUGUUUUAGUGCAAAAAAGUAUAUUCUGAAAAUGUUCACAUUUAAGGAAUUAUCUUUUUACGAAACAUCAUGAACAACCUGAAAUUUCUGAAGAAAAAUAAGUUUAUUUUCAACAAUAUUAUGCCUCAGUUUAUCAUUUACACAUUACAAGUUUCUACAAAGGAACAAAACAUUUAGUCACAGAUAUCUGGAACUGAAUGAUACAGUAUAAUACUUUAUGAUCAGAAAAAGAUAAGUCAGAUAAGUCAGAAAAAAAAAGACAAAAACAACAAAAACGAGACAAAAUAUUAUAAACACGAGACACAAAAUGACAAAAAAUAGGCAAACGACAUGAAACAACACACAAAAAGACAAAAAAAUGAGACAAAAAGUUACAAAAUGACAAAAAAAUGGACAAAUAAGACAAAAAAUUACAAAAGCAAGGAACAAUACUACAAAAAAUAGAUUAAAAACAUAGGGGAGACAAAACAAAACACAAAAUGACAAAAAUAAGACAAAAAACACAAGCAGGCACAAAGGAAACACAAAACAACAAAAAACAGAAAACGACAAACAUGAGACAACACAAAACAAAAAGACAAAAAAUUUGACAAAAAAGUCACAAAGCGACAAAAAAAUGGACAAACGAUAAAAAUGAGACAAAAAAUUACACAAAUGACACAAGACCAAAAAUGACAAAAGCGAGAAACAAAAUGGCAAAAAAGUAGACAACACAAGCGAGACAAAAAAAACACAAAACAAUACAAACGUUAGACAAAACAACAAAUAAAACAAAACAAUUGACAAAAACAUGAGACAAACGUCAAAAGUCAGACAAAAAACAACAAAAACAACAAAAAAACAACAAAAAUGAGACACAAAAUGACAAAAGAACAAUGAGCAAUCUAGUAUGUUAUUUUAUGAUCAAAACAACUUGUCAUGGUCUAGAAAUCAUUCUAAAUGUAUAGUUUUACAAAUGUACAACUUGCAGUUAAUGUCUUCUCUGUAAUUUUUACACUUUACAAAGUCAUCCUGCGGGCUGGAUUGGAUCCUCUGGAGGGCCAGUUUUGGCCCACGGGCCGCAUGUUUGACACCCCUUAUGUAGAUGCCUACAAGUUUGCCAAAAUGAAAUCCCGGCGUCAGCUUUGAUCACUGCAAAACCACACAAAUAAAACAAGAAAACUUUAUAAUUUCAUCCAGUAUGCGUCACUGUGGAGGAUCUGUGGGAGCAAAACCUCUUUCAGAAAGUCGUCUUCUGCUGUCAGAGUUUACGCUUCUGCAGAGUCAGAAAGAAUUCACUGAGAUCCACUGAACUGUGCUCACUCUGGGCUCACUGGCUCGGCUGCAUUUCCUGUCAUAAAGAUACGCAGGACGGCUGCCAGUGAAUAUGAGCAGGAUUGCAUGUUUCUGAAAAGAGCAUCCAGAAGCUCCAACUGAACCGAUAUCACGCAAAAUGUGCACGAGAAGCAAAGGUACUGUUAACCUGACAGCAUGUCUGGAAGAUGCUGCGACUCUAGUGGAAAUAGAGCAAAAGAGAACAUGCUGGGAACGAGACAGAAAAGAGGAAAGACGUGUUAAAUGGAAGGUAGAAAAGCACCUAAACCGGCAUUCAGUCGCUGUCUGUCAGCUGUCAGUGCAGCCGAAUGCUUCCUCCCACUGAAAGGAGUCGAAUUUAAAAGCUUUUUUACCCUCCGAGCUGCACUUUUCUAGCCUGAGCGACCCCUAAAACACUGGAAGUGGGCAAAUAAAAGUAUCAGAUCUAACCGGUCACCUUAGCAGAUAACGGCACUAAAAUAAACAGCAGCAGGAUCUCUGUCUUUUUUUAAGUUUUGUUCUAUCUUAGCUGUUUUUUUUAAAUGAUGUUUUAUGGCUGAAAGAUGUAUCAAUUACUUAAAAAUUGAGCUUUUUUAAUCAACAAAACACUCAAAAUAGAUCAAUUUUUGGGCUUUUCAAUCAAACAUGGUCUUUUUUUCUGCAUCUUUUCUUGUGAGUGACGUUUAGAAAUACUAAAAAAACAUUAAACCAAAGAGGGCAAAAAUCAAUUUCUGAUCACAACCUAUGGCAAGAUGUUACAAAUAAGAGUCAGAAACCGGUGAGAAAAUGUCGGUGAGAUCUGUGUCAGUGUCUCGUCAACCAAAAAUCUAAUUAUCCACAGACCUGACAGCUGCCAAACAGAAGAAACUGCGAGGUUUUGUUCCCAUAAAUCCUCCAUUUGACCUGAAAACGCUCUCAGAAAACGACUAAAGAUGUGAAGAGAAAAUUGUUCAAGGCUGAAGAAUGGGAGGUGACCCUUCUGCUAAUAGAUAUUCGUGUAAUUUCAUGCUAAUUUCGUGCCAAGAGAGCGUCCUAAUCAUGAGCUACUUUUGACCCAGACAAGUCGAGCUCUUGAGCAUUUAGUCACCUUUUCAUAAUAUGAAGUAUCUGAACCAAAGGGGAUGUUGCUCGCAGAGAUUAUACGUCGCUGAUUUUGCAGAACCUCGCUGCCGAGAAGCCAGAAGGGUCCUCGAGGGGCGACACUGCUUUUUUUUUUAUACGCUCUACUGACAUGUAUAUAUGGUGUGAAACUGCUGUACAUAUAUUAUGAUGAUAUAAAAAAAGAGAAAGGACUCCAUUGCUCCCCGGUGACCACAACAGCUGGGCUUAACGUCCCAUUAAGCCCAGCAGGAGAAGCUUUAUGGGAUUAAUCUGCACACAUGUGAUGCGUCUUUGACCAAUCAAACGGCUAGCUUCUUUGUAUAUCAGCACAUUCACGUGGAAAAGACUGUAAAAACACGUCGUUCUCGUCAGGGUGUUGCUGCAUUCUUAUGUUUUUACUUGAACUGCAGGUUUUCCAAGAUCUUUUAUAAGCAUCGGCCAUGAAGCUUAGUACUGAAAACAUGAAGUAAGAUCUAUGUGAAGCAGUGAAAUGAAAUUUAAGAAGAACAACGCAAUGAUGGAAGCAAAGCUGCUUAAAAUGUAAAUAUAUUUGAAAGUCUGUACAGUUUUAUCAGGGUGCUGAGUGAUGAGCGAAUGUUUGCUCGAAUGAAUCAUUAAAAAACACUUAAACAUGAAA